AUGUUCGCUAUCAACUCCUGUCCGCCCGAUCCAGCAGUUGUUGGCGAUCAGUGGCGAGACCUCUGGCUCCAGCGGCUUGAGUCUGGUGGCUUCUUUGCGAAGGAGUGGCAUGAGAACCAAAGGCGUAACGACUUCUGGAAACAUGGUUCCGUCUGCGAAGAUUACAGCUCUAUCGAGGCUGCGACUUACUUGGUGAGCGGAUGGCAAGAUCCGUAUACCAAUACAGUUUUCAGGAUGCUGGAGAACCUCAAAUGUCCCAAGAAGGGGCUUGUCGGCCCUUGGGGUCACAAGUAUCCAAAUUUCGCGAAACCCGGUCCACAGAUAGGCUUUUUGCAAGAGACAGUUCGUUGGUGGGAUAAAUGGCUGAAGGGUAUCGACGAAACGAACAUCAUGGAUGAGCCUGAGCUUCGCUGCUACCUCCAAGAUCCAGUACUACCAGCUGCUUACGACAAGUUCCGACCCGGCCACUGGGUUGCGGAAAAGAAGUGGGACGACGAAAAGGCACUUACGCGUCGCAUGGGUCUUGCUCCAGGACGCUUGACCGAGGAAACAUCUUCAAGCUCCGAGAAGAUCGAAAUCUGCUCGCCACAGACUCUGGGCUUUGCAGGGGGGAGAUGGCUGACAUUUGGCGUUGAAGGCGAGGGUCCAUCUGAUCAGCGCCUGGAAGCAGGCGGCAGUCUCGUCUUCGACACCAGACCACUGACAGAAUCCAUCGAUUUGCUCGGUGCUGCUGUUUUGAACGUUCGCAUCGCAAGCGACAAGCCUUAUGCCUUAUUGGCUGCGACGCUGUCAGAAAUAUUACCAAACGGUGCAGCGACCCGCGUUUCCUAUGGCCUGCUCAACCUUACCCAUCGUCAUAGUCAUGAGGAUCUCGAAGCGCUUGAGCCCGGCAAGUUCUACGACGUGAAGCUGAAGCUCAACCACUUUGGGCAACGCCUUGGAGUAGGCAGUAAACUUCGUCUUGCUCUAUCCUCCACGUACUUCCCCAUCGUCUGGCCAUCUCCCGAAGUGACAAUACUCACAAUCGAUACUGGGUCGAGCUCCAUCGACCUGCCAGUAAGGACCGAUGACUCUCAGGACUCUAAGCUCCGACCUUUCCGGCCGGCGAUCAAUGGCACUCUCAAGAAGACGCAACUGCGCCCUGCAAGUCACAAGAAUUACGUCAAGCAAGAUUGGGAUACUGGACGCACAGAGCUCGUAGUUGAUUGGGAUGACGGGAAGUGGGAGAUCGACGAGACUGGAUGGCGCUUCGGGUGGACCACACCUAUGGUAAUGGGUUGUCAUCCUGCCGACCCGCUGUCUGCGGAGGUGUACCAGGGUUUCGAAAGGGAGUUUGAACGCGGUGAUAUCAAAGUCCGCUUUGCAGGUUGGACGAAAAUGGAGGCGACAAGAACCGACUGGAUCAUGACUGCGCGGAUAGACGCAUGGGAAGGAGAGAAAGCGGUGUUCGGGCGAGACUAUGAAUUCAAGGUUCCACGCGAUCAUGCCCCAACACCCCUCCUCCAUAACCAAGGCGCAGGAAUAGUAACCGGAGGCGACACACUGUCCUUCUUCAAGCGCUACGACAAGUGUGGGCGCGACAUCGCCGCCCGUUCAGCCAGCCGGCAGUACCUGAACAAAGAUGGCAAAAUCGUACAUGAAGAAGCCAUGCGCCAGAAUAUGACCAGCUGGAAUCUAUUCUAUCAUAUUUUUCGAGCAAACGUCGAUGGCGUGAAGAGCGAGUACUGCUCCGUCCCGGAGGAAGACAAGGAUGAGAAGAGAGCCAAGCAUCUCCACGGCCACAAAGUCACCGGCCUUCACGAAAGAGCGAGAAAGGCGAAACUGAAGCAGAGUCUCCUCAUCGCCGCCGACGGCCCCAGCUCCACCAUCCGCUCUCUCCUCGCCCCCAAUAACCAGCGCACGUAUGCAGGCUACGUCGCGCUGCGCGGCACCCUCAUCGAAUCGGAAGCCAACCCUCAAACGCUCGCAACUUUCAGCGAGCGCUUCACUUUCUUCCACGGCCCGGGGGUGCAGAUACUCGCAUACCUCAUUCUAGGACUAAACGGAACGCUAGAGCCUAGUCAACGACUGAUCAAUUUCGUGUACUAA